AAAACGAGUGAUUGUGCGUAAUCUAAUCGAGCCACUUGUUUAAUAUCCAGACGCAUUGCAAUGGUCUGCAUGAAAAUGUCGAGUUUUGUGGUUUUCUGCUGUGUUUUAGUGGCGCUCGCCCAAAAUAUUGCUGCUUCACCUGCUCCCAAUAAGAACGCACAUCUUCAGGGUGUAGUGGAAGAUUUCAUUAAUAUCACCAUCAAUAGUUUACUGGAUGGUCUGGAUGAUCCCCUGAAAGUUCCGUCACUUUUCGAACGUUACAACAACGUACUUUUAACCGGAUGGCUCAAUGUGUCCCAUUUGGAGCUGGUUGGAUUCAGUAGCAUUGUUGCCAAAAGUAUCGAUGUGGAGUACCACGCCCUAACACCAUCUUCAGUUAAUUUAACAUUGGAAAUUGGCGGUUUGAGUUUGUUCUUCGAUUACGAAGCCAGUCUGUUACUUGGGCAGCUGUUGCCAUAUUUCGCCUUGGGUAAUCUCAGUGCCAACUUGGAUUCUUUGGUCAUCAACUUGUUCACUCUGGCGGAUGUUUCUUUGGUGCCCACUAACAUCAGCAACUUCCAGAAUGCUUCCGUGGAUUUUUCCGUGGGCAAAAACACUUGGCUCCAUGUUGAAGGCAUUUACAAAAGCGACGAUAUCAGCAAGGAUGUGAACGAAUUCCUCGACAUUCUAAUAGCAAGAGUGAUUGACUUUGUCGACUACAACCAUGAACGCAUCAGCAGGAUAAUCAGCCCAAUUCUGCAGGAGAUUUUGGAUGCAAUUUUCAACCAGAAAUCUGAAGAAGAAUAUUGAAACUGAUAAAUUAAUAAACUGUUGAAAGAU